AUGGGGUUCCCCGGGGCUAGAGGACCUAGUAAAGCGCGAAAGAGUAAUGGUGACAUGGGUUUUAUGGGACGAGAGGGAGGAAGAGAUAUUGAAAGGAUUAGCAGAUGGGAAAUUUUGAGAUUGGGGAAAUGGGAAGAUGGAUGGGAAGUGGGAUACUUCGUCGUUGUUGUCGUUCAUCCCUAUACGAACUCACACUUCGUACUUCAUACUUCAUACCCAUCUACUCGGGUCCAUAUCUUUUUCGAUUUAGGAUAA